UUUCCUGAACGUGCAUAUUUAUCAACUGUACUCUAUCCGGGCCUAACAUCUAUUGGUAGUGUAAAUGAAUUUCUUGUUGGAAGAAAAUACCGUUUAUUGCAAAUAAUUGGUAGAGGUUCCUUCGGCGAUAUUUAUCUUGGAAUCAACAUUACAACUGGAGAAGAAGUAGCUAUGAAGUUAGAGAACAUCAAAUCAGGACAUCCACAACUUCUUUAUGAAAGUAAAGUGUACAAAGUAUUGAAUGGUGGAGUUGGAUUUCCACGAAUGCGAUGGUAUGGUAGUGAAGACGAGUACAAUGUGUUGGUUAUAGAUCUUUUGGGCCCAUCCUUGGAAGACUUGUUCAAUUUCUGCUCACGUCGCUUUACAAUCAAGACAGUGUUGAUGUUGGCUGACCAGAUGAUAGCGCGUAUUGAGUAUAUGCACAGCAAGAGUUUCAUUCACAGAGACAUCAAGCCGGAUAACUUUCUCAUAGGUAUUGGGAGGCAUUGUAAUACGUUGUUCCUGAUUGAUUACGGUCUGUCCAAGAAAUACCGUGAUACUCGAACUCGAAAACAUAUCGCUUAUCGCGAGGACAAGAACCUAAUCGGCACCGCCCGGUAUGCAUCUAUCAAUGCACACAUUGGCAUUGAACAGAGCCGCAGAGACGAUAUGGAGUCAUUGGGGUACGUGCUCAUGUAUUUAAACCGAGGUAGUUUGCCUUGGCAAGGACUAAAGGGAGCUACCAAAACCCAGAAAUACGAAAAGAUUUGUGAAAAGAAGAUGUCUACUCCAGUGGAAGUGUUGUGUAAGGGUUUUCCAGCCGAGUUUGCCAUUUACCUUAACACUUGCCGCGCUCUGUGCUUUGAGAGCAGCCCUGCGUACAAGGACUUGCGUAAAAUAUUUCGCAUUCUGUUCUACACGCUAGGCUACAAGUACGACUACGUGUUUGACUGGACUAUUCUGAGGCGACGGGCAGCGAGUGCAGCUUCGUUCUCACUACCUACAGCACUCCGGUGCCGCAGUCCCAGUUGGAUUAGACCCAAGCGGGAGUUAGUCUCCCCGCCCUCUGCCCAGCUCGCACGCCCUUUGUUCGCCCCCCCCCCACCAGAGCGCACACUGAUCUCCAACGGAUCGCCACACGCUUCGAUCUUGUCUCGCGCCGGCCGCCCCACGUGGCGGGGGCCUCAUCCGCUGCCCGCCCCUCAUCCUCAGCGCUGCCUCCUUUGGCUCGAUGCUCGCUGCCGCCCUCAUCCUAGCGCUGCCUCCUUUGCCUCAUCGCGCUGCCGCCUCAUCCUCAGCACUGCCUCCUUAUGCCCAUCCGCUGCCGCCCGCUCAUCCUCAGCGCUGCCUCCUUUGCCUCAUCCGCUGCCCGCCCCUCAUCCUCAGCGCUGCCUCCUUCGCUGCCUCAUCCGCUGCCGCCUCAUCCUCCAGCGCUGCCUCCUUUGCCUCAUCGCUGCCGCCCCUUCAUCCUCAGCACUGCCUCCUUUGCCUCAUCCGCUGCCCGCCCCUCAUCCUCAGCACUGGCCUCCUUUGCCUCAUCCGCUGCGCCCCCCCCCUCAUCCUCAGCGCAGCCUCCUUUGUGCCUCAUCGCUGCGCCCGUCAUCCUCAGCGCUGCCUCCUUUGCCUCAUCCGCUGCCGCCGUCUCAUCCUCAAGCGCCUGCACUCCUUUGGCUCACCGCUGCCGGCCCCUCAUCCUCAGCACUGCCUCCUUUGCCUCAUCAUGCGCGUGCGCCCUCAUCCUCAGCGCUGCCUCCUUUGCCUCAUCCGCUGCCCGCCCCUCAUCCUCAGCCGCUGCCUCCUUUGCCUCAUCCGCUGCCGCCCGUCAUCCUCAGCGCUGCUCCUUUGCCUCAUCCGCUGCCGCCCUCAUCCUCAGCACUGCCUCCUUUGCCUCAUCCGCUGCCGCCCCUCAUCCUCAGGCGCUGCUCAUCGCUGCCUCCUUUGCCUCAUCCUCAGGCCGCCUUCGGAUGA